AUGGCCGCAUCCUCGUCCUCGGCAUCGUCGUAUGCUUCUACCUCAAUCACGCGCCCGCCCUCGUACGGGACAUAUCCUCCCACGUUCUCCUCGCACGAAUCCCAAUACACCACCCCGGACUCCGUUUCGGCACUCUCCAGCGACUAUGAUCAGCUCGUCGAGGCGUUGCGGCCCCUUGAUCUGGGACCACCAGGCUACCAAGCAACAAUAGUCUUGUUCGAGGGCACGGCCGAGGAGAAGACCAUCUAUCUCGGCCCGUGGGAAGUGGUGGGCAACGAGGAGCGUCGCGUCUUAUGGCAGUGCAGUUACCAGAUGGAACGGCUCGAGCACUUUCUACCUCCAUUGCCGGCCGACACCAUACCCCACACUCUUCAUGCCAGGCACCGGCAAUUUGCCAAUCCCUUCGAGCUGGAACAGUUUGUCACCUUCCGCACCAGGCAGCGUGUUCGAUAUACCAACGAGGACGGCGAGGUGUUACUCGACCAGCCGAUCGAAGUCAAGUACGAGUUUACCUCGGUCGAGGCAUCUUUUCAGUUCCAGGGAGAUCUGAGGAGGAAGGACUUGGUCGACUGCUUCGACGUUGAUGUUGUCUGGACAGACACCCACGGCCGGACAGAUUCUUUUGGUAGCGUCAAGGGAAUUGGAACAGUGCAACGCCUCAAGCUCUGGGCCGACCAGUACAGCUCGGCCCACUCGCUCACCGUAUUCGCGAACCGCGUAGACAGGGACCGGCGCUACAAGGAAUAUUUUGUCGAGCACUUCGAGGGCGAAGUCAAGUCCCGCGAUGACCGACGCCGGUCGCUGCGUCUGGCUGUGCGUGGGCGGCGCGGGAGUGCUCCAGAAGGCUCGAGUCGAUCCCUAGGCGGCCUGAUCAGGGCUCGGCAACGGUCUGUAGGAUCAGUGACAUCGCCCACGAGCGGCGGGCCCGACAUCCGGUAUCUGGGGAUACAGUUCAGCCGGUCGGAAGAUUAUCGAAGAUUUAUCGAGGCUUGGAUCAUAGCCCACAGCACGGACAGCGAGUUUCGAGGCGUCGCGUAUCCCCAGAACCGCUUCGAGCUGCCGUCGCCCGAGAUGCCCUCCAACAUACCGUACGAUCUGGGCAGCAGCGAGCUGUACUAUUCGCAAAUGCUCCCGGUGCCAGAGGUCGACGACGAUCAGAUCCCACCUUGA